CAUGCUAAUAUUAACGGACAUCCCUACUAACGAAGACUGGUACUACAGCUGUCACAACAGUGAUCUGCUUUCAAUCUCCCACCUUCGUAUCUAAUCGGUAUGAAACCUUUUGUAGUUAUUCGGAAAUUAGAAAAUCAGGAUAAUAUACAAUGCCAAAAUGUAGUGAAAGAUUUUAUUAUGGCCGGAGCCUGGGGUGCUUUCAUAUCAUGCUUGUUUCGGGAGAUUACACUCCAACUUAUAGUUAUAGUGUGGGCCAUCAUGUUCAUCUUUUUUGGAAUUCCAUUGCUGAUGUGUUGCGUGGCUAUACCCGUAGUUAUAGGAUUGAUCCUGUUCACCACUUACGGUAGUUACUUCAAUAAGGCGAAUGAUCUGGCCAUUCGAGGAGGAAACAAAUUAUGUUGGGUAGCGGAGAUUUAUGAACCUCAUGGAUUGCAGAAAGAAGACAACAUCGAUGAAUUUUUCGACGAUGUACCCGUAAAAAAUAAAAGUGAAAUAAACAAAAUGAGGCGAAAAGUUAUAGGUACGAUUAGCUGUAAAAGUCACCUAAUAUUGGAAAACUCUGGAUGGAUUUAUCGCUUGGCAGUUUGUCCCAAGUACCCAUUCAGAGAUAUCGCGGAGCGUUUGAUUAUACGAGUGCUGUCUAACGCCGUUGAUAAUCAACUUUUUACCGUUGAAACUGUAACCUCUGAAUGUGAUGAAAAUAUUCGCGAGGUAUACCUUAAGUUAGGAUUCACAUUACGUUUGGUAUACCACAAACAAAUUAUAGGUAAUACGCUUAAAGUAAUGAAAUCUCAACUUGGAAUCGACCCUUUUGAAUGGAACCAAAACCGAGAACAAAUCAACGUAGAACUCCAGUAAAUUAUCGAAAACUUGUAGCAUAUCGAAACUCAAACGACUAUUUGGUAUUAUUAAUUUAAGAUGUAGUUAUGACCAAAUCAGACAAAGAACUCAGCAUUUAAAACCCAAUUUAUUAUUGUACUAAAUUAUAGAAGUUUUGAAAAUGUAAAAUUGUUAUAUGUAGAAAAUAAUCAAAUUUACACUGGAUUUAUUUUCA